CUUUUUCAGAUACGUUGAACCAGCCCCGCCACCGAGUAGCCCGCCGGAACCCUGGGCAAGCGUCUACAUGCCCAACAGUAGACAGGUGGAUGACUAAAAAGCUGCAAAUACGUUUCUAUGAAAGCCACAGCGGGUCGGAGCCCACCCAGCUACUACCUACCUACCUACCUACCUACCUACCUACUUCAUCUCGGCGGGGGCAGCGCCGCAUCUGAUCUGCACGACGGCCAUCAUCGUCUCAACGACCUACCUCCCGGCUCUGUUUUGCGUUUUUUUUAUUUGUUAUGUUAUGUCUUGUGGGUUAAUUGUUGUUAUCGUCGUUGUCAGCAGAGGAGUCCCUUACCUGCCGUGAAGAAAACAAACAAACAAACUAAGUGUGGGAAGCCUGCCAGACGUGGGGGUUGUUAAUUGUUGUCAUGACUGAGGGUCUUCUUCCUAGUAAUAUCAGCAGGAAUUGACCUAGGAAUGUCACUAUGUAGUUGAGGGUGGUGUGUGUCCAGAAGUCUCUUUUUGGAAAAGGGUGUGGCUCCCAAGGGGAGCCGGAUUAAACGGUACUGAAUUGUCGUCCCUGAAAGGCCGAGGGCGAUUACUUCUUCUCGGUCUUCUUGGGCAGGAGCACCGCCUGGAUGUUAGGCAGCACACCUCCCUGGGCAAUGGUGACGCCGGAGAGGAGCUUGUUCAGCUCCUCGUCGUUGCGGAUGGCCAGCUGCAGGUGGCGGGGGAUGAUGCGGGUCUUCUUGUUGUCGCGGGCCGCGUUGCCGGCCAGCUCGAGCACCUCGGCGGCCAGGUACUCCAUGACGGCCGCCAGGUACACGGGGGCGCCGGCGCCCACGCGCUCGGCGUAGUUGCCCUUCCUCAGGAGACGGUGGAUCCUGCCCACGGGGAACUGCAGGCCGGCACGGCUGGAGCGGGACUUUGACUUCCCGUUCACCUAUACUCCCUUGCCGCCUCCAGACAUGUCGACAGUGAGUGGUGGGGGCGUGGACUUGCGCUUCUGCUGUGGGCUCGGAGAGCGAAUACCUGCCGCUCGCGGCUUUUUCGCCCUAUAUAGUGCAGCGCAGGAUCGGAGGGCGGGGACGGCCGGGCGAGCCUGCCAAUGGGAGCGCGUGCCGCCACGCGUCCCCGCGAUCCCGAGGGAGCGGCGCCGCCAUAAAGGGGGAAUCCGGGGGCGGCCCGGCAACAUUCGCUCGCCGUCUGGGAACGAAGAAGCAGACAUGCCCCCCAAAGCAUCAGGAAAGGCCGCCAAGAAGGCUGGCAAGGCCCAGAAGGCCAUCGCCAAGGGUGACAAGAAGAAGAAGCGCAGGAGGAAGGAGAGCUACUCGAUCUACAUCUACAAGGUGCUCAAGCAGGUCCACCCCGACACCGGCGUCUCCUCCAAGGCCAUGUCCAUCAUGAACUCCUUCGUGAACGACAUCUUCGAGCGCAUCGCCGCCGAGGCCUCUCGCCUGGCCCAUUACAACAAGCGCUCCACCAUCACCAGUCGGGAGAUCCAGACGGCCGUCCGUCUCCUCCUGCCCGGUGAGCUGGCCAAGCACGCCGUGUCCGAAGGCACCAAGGCCGUCACCAAGUACACCUCCUCCAAAUAAGCAACCCACCAACUUGCUUGCACUGGAAAAGAACCGGCUCCAUCGGAGCCACAAACUAUUU